AUGUCAGGAGAAGAUCCACCUGCCUACUCACCACCGUCCUAUGCAUCGACAAUUUAUACUCCUCUGGCGCAGUCCGACGUCGUUCGGGUGUUGAUCCUCUACCCCGCCAUUACUCACGAUGCCGAAAUUCAGUGCGAGCUAUUGUCUACCGAAAUAUCUACUUGCCAGGAGCUCGAGCAGUCGUACAUAGCGUUGUCGUAUGUCUGGGGGGACCAAAGCGAUCCUCAGCUAGUAUAUGUCAAUAAUCACGAGGUCUAUAUUGGAAGAAACCUUUCCGAAGCACUCCGUCAUCUUCGUCGUCGAGGUUAUCCGAUACGGCUCUGGGCAGACGCGCUGUGUAUCAACCAGGACGAUGUUGCGGAGCGAAAUGACCAAGUUCAUCAAAUGCGCAACAUCUAUUCUUCCGCUCUAGAGACAGUCAUUUACCUGGGAGAAGAUGAUGGAAGCAAUACCACAUCCUCAGCUUGGAACUUUCUCGAAAGACAAAGCGAGUGGGCACUGAACGAAGACGGCAACGAAGACACCCAGCUGCCGUCGACUCUCGAGGAAGAUCUUAUUUACUUCAGAGGAGAUGUAGCUGAUGUUGAGCUCAGCGUCCUGAAUAAAGCUUGGUUCUUGCGCGUUUGGGUUCUCCAGGAAGUUGUUGUAUCGAAGAAAGUAUCGAUACAGUGUGGUCAUCGACGAGUUCCAUGGAACGACUUCUGCAAGACCCUCUUGCUGAACCCAAGAUACCACGAUCGCUAUGGAUACAGCAUGCAAGCCAUAGAAAGAGUCGAUAUUGUCCGCGACAUGUUUCAAGCUCGCUGCGCCUACCAAGAGUCGCAUGGUUUGGUCCACCUCCGACCUUCCUGGCACGCCAACGUCACCAACUAUGGUGGUAGAAGCGCACACAUCAUCGAUAUGCUUGUCAGAGCUCGUCAGCUUGAAGCAUCAGAUCCCCGGGACAAAAUAUUUGCCCUCUUAGGGAUUUCAACGAAUGUGGAUCUUGACAAUAGACUGAUAGCUGUUGAUUACAGCAAAUCUCAAGCCGAGGUACAGACUAAUUUGGCCCGCUACAUCAUGGAAGAACACAAGACUGAUGCGCUGCCUUCGUGGGUUCCUGACUGGGACGCAAGCCAGGUCGCUCGAGAGCAGCGGCUGAUCGCCAUGCAUGCCGCCGCUGAACUCAACGAGGGCUCGCUCCCUCUGGACCCCGCUAGCCCCAUCGUUCCAACAACUCUAAGUUACCUGAGUGAAGAGAAAGAUGAAGAACGUGAAAGAAGACAAGAUAUAGCCUCCAAGAGCAUGGCGUGGCUCAACGACAAUAAGCGCACGUCGGACCUGACAUCAGACUUGGGGGAGCCGACGAACUUUCAUUUCAAGCCAUCAGAAAUCAAUGCGACGACCCCACAGAGUUGCGUCGGAAAAUCAUGGCGAGAUGGGCUCGACUUCUUCUUCAGAAACACAGAAGGAAAUAUGUAG